AUGCUGCAAUGUAUUGCAGCUUCCUUUUUGGGCAUAAACUCUCCAGUGCCUUACGCAUUGAGAAAAUUUGUGAAGAAAUCAAAACUAGAGUCUGGGAUGAACUUUGCAUAUGGAGGGACAGGUGUUUUUGAUACAGUGUUUGGUGGACCAAACUUGACCACCCAAAUCGACUUUUUCCAACAGCUGCUUGAACAAAAACUCUAUAGUACCAAAAACGACGUCGUUAACUCGUCCAUUGCUCUCGUAUCAGUUGCGGGUAACGACUACGCUGCUUAUUUUGGCAACCACACUGAGGAUUUCGCAGCGGCCACCAAAUCCAUUAUUAAGCAGCUUGCUGUGGAUCUAGAGCGUAUACAUGGGUUGGGAGUGAGAAAAAUAGCUGUUACAGCAAUAGGGCCCCUGGGAUGUCUGCCCCGCAUGACUUCAUUUCUUUCAUAUCAGAAUUGUAGUGAAGUUGCCAAUUUGGUUUCAAUUUUCCAUAACCAGAUUUUGCGUCAAAAAGUUGAAGAGUUGAACAAGGAGACUAAGAAAUCUUCAUUUGUAAUCUUGGAUCUUUAUAACGCAUCUCUGUCUGCAAUUAUGCUCCCAAAACAUCAUCAAGAGGUCGGUACGUACUGCUUAUGUGGAUCCCCCCAGUGGCGGAGCCAGGAUUUUAUGUGUGGAGGGGCCAAUAUAUUAGGGUUUAAGGUUGAUUUCUUUCCCAGUGUUAAGCUUGGCCAAGGCCCUUGCAGGCCUAAGCACACCUCCGCCCUUGGAUCCCCCUCAUCUGUAUGUAAGGUGGUCAAGAAAUGUGAACUCAUGUACUACUUGAACUCUUUUUCGGAUAGCAGGAUACUCGACACUCCAGAUUAA